AUGGAGGGAGUAUGCAACGACGUCCACUUCGUCCACCGCAUCAACGUCUGCGCCGCUCCUCCCGAGGUUCUCGUCGUUGAUCUGGAGCCGGUGCCAGGCACCGGUCUCGACGAUGACGGCUUCAGCAAAAUCUGGUACUUCUACCACGCCAAGAAAUACAAGAACACCCCAGGCGACACCAGCGGGCACAGGCAGCGUGCGGUCACCGGCGGCGGCGGCACGGCCUGGCACUCGGAGAUAGGCCGCAAGGAUGUCCAUGGAUCCGGUGGCGGCACGUUCUUCACCUUGUCCCACGGCCGCAAGACGGAGCCCUCUGCUCGAUCGAUCGACAGGAUGUGCAUGGUGGAAUACGACUUCGUCGGCGCCGACAAGAAACAAGACGAAGCCGCCACCGCGGACAGCACCAACUACGUGGUCUACAAGGUCUACCGCUCGCCUAGUCGGUCCAUGGAUCGGGCGGUUAUUGCGCGAAAGGGGACAGGGAGCAGAUGCAGGCGCAGGGAUGGAGAUGCGUGUGCACCGCCGUGA